AUGAUCCGGGAUCAACCUCUCACUCAAUAUUACCUCUGGCAAUUUACUCCAUUGUGCAAUACUUAUAAAAAAUCUGUUAUUAAGAAAAAAUUUCUUAAACCGGCAACAAACAAAGAAGGCAUUAUUAUUAAAACAAUAGCAGAAUUUAUUCGUCACAUCGGAACACAAACAGAUUAUCGUGAUGAAUCAUCCCAAACAGAUCCCUAUUCUCCUGCGUACACAAUUACCGACGAAGGCAAACAUCCGGAAAUUUUUUCUUUGGCCGAUUUAUCCCAUGGAAAAGGCUUACCAGCAACAUCAUUGGAAAUAUCAUUUAUUGAACGUUUAAGAGCUAAACGAGAUUGGGAAAAAGAUUAUAAUGAUCCAGAAAUGGAAAUUAAACGUACAAGAAUUGUUAUUGAAAGAGAAAUGAGAGAAUGGAAAAUACGAGAGACUAAAAUUAAAACCAUUCAAGAAGCAAAAUUGAAAAUUUUCAUGGUGAAUUUACGCACAUAUGUUGAAAGUGACAAUAAAGUAACAGACUCAAAACUAAAAUUAUGUUUAUGGCGAAAAGAAAGACAAUUGCAUUUAACAUGUACACGAUUAAAUUUAAACAUGUUACGAGAUCUUCGUCGUUUGAAGCGAAUGUAUCGUUUACGAGAUGAACAAAUAAAUAAUGUAACAAAAUAUGAUGAUCUUGGCGUAAUUGGAAGUAGUGUUUCGGGUGCAGGAUGUUUUGUGCAGUUAAAACCACCAUUUCGUUCCAGACCAAAGGAUAGUGUUGCUGCAUAUACAAAUUAUGCCUCGGAGACGUAUGCGCCUUACACGCGACAUGGAUAUUUUCCCGAUAGACGAGCACAUCGAUUUAAAGUUGAUACAUCUGCACUUAACAAACACGAAAAUCUAGUGAGGUUUGAAGAAACCUUACCCAAACAUGCACUGAUACCAAAAAUUGAACCACCUAGAUCGAUGAUGACAAUUCACGAUAGAUUUAUGAAAAAAAACUAUAAAAGAAUGAAAGAUUUAGAUCGAGCUUAUCAAUUAAUUCAAGAAGAAAAGGCUAAAUAUUUAUCAAUACAAGAGCCAAAACCAUUUAGAUUUGUUGAAAAAAUCGAAACCGUAGAUGAAUUUAAGAAUGUACGAACCAUGCCAGCAAGAACAGAAGAAUUUGAUCGACGUAGAGCUGCAAUCAUUCAUCUGCAAAGUUUUUUACGUGGAAAAACAACAGAAGCAAAGAUAAUGAAUGUUCAUCAAAUGCGAUAUAACCUUCUAAAAGAACUGAAAAGUGGUUCACAAUUCGAUCAAACAGAAGAAGAAACCAAAACAACAACAGAAUGUCUAUUUAAAUUAAAAUGGAACAUUCCACCGAUGUCCAUUGAAGAUCAAGCAUUAGAAUAUUUUGAAAGUGAAACAAUAUCAAAUAUAUUUGAUUUUUUAAAUAAAGAAUUGAUACGAUUACAAAGUGAACAAGCUAUUCAUGCUUUGAUUAUGUUGGCUGAUAGACGACGACGAGAGCAUGAAGCGGCUGAAUCCGGUUCAAGGGCCAAAGCAAAUGAACGACGAAUGAUAGAAGAUAGAACAUUUCAAGAAGUAGUUAUUUAG